UCAGGUUACGAGGCUAGAACACGUAUGAAGAUCAGCUUUUUAUAGUUAAAGGAGAACAGACCCUCGCUAUGGCGUUGUGCGAUGAUGUAUUUGCUGAACCAAUGCUCGAUACAGAGCAAUAUUUGGAGGAAUACAAGCAGCAACUGAUCAAGCUUGACAAAGAAAAUCUACUACCAGACUUGAACAUGAAGUUGAAGUAUAAAGUUUACUCGAUUCGAGGAAGUGGAUUUGGUGCCCACAAAUCCAUUGUUCUCACUACAAAUGACGCGCAAUUUGUCUCUGUAGAGCUUGGUUUCAUCAAAAUUGACGGUGUCAAGCAUAUUUAUCCCGUGACGACGAAAGUUGAUAAAACUCUGAAGCCUAAGAUGGAAUAUCUUGGGGAGAUCGAAGACACUGGUCAGAAUUUAAUUGGCCAAGCAGUUGCAGUGAUGAGACGUUUUGGAAACUAUUUCAAGUUUUGCAACAACUGCCAGAACUUCUGCAACAUGUACACCGAGGCUAUUGGAUUAAAACGAGCCCGGAGCCUAACGGACAGGGAUAAAGUGGUGAUAGCUGGAAUGAUCGGUGCCAUUAUUGCAUUUCUCUUUGCCUUCAUGCGUUAACUUGAUGGAAUUGUCAGAACCUCUGCAGAUGUUACUUGUAUUUCUAAGUUUGUUUCUUUCAUUUACAUUUUAAGAUUUUAGCUGUAACAAUUACGGAGUUGGAACUUUUUGAACCUAACCGAAACAGAAAGCGGAAACGGCCAUUGAAGACGUUGAUUCAACACCGUUGUUUGAUUUCUAAUGGUGAGCAAAGUUGUUGUAAUAAUAUAAUUAAACUCAGUUUUUCAUAAUUCUAAUCAGAGAAUGUUUAGAAAUACAUUUGAUAAUAAAAAUUAACGGUAAAAA